AUGCUGGAGGCAAAUAACUCCAUAGAAGCGUGCUCCUCCGUCAACGAACAGCUAUGGGUCCUGCGCAGGGACCCUACCACGCAGCUCUGGGUCUGGGCCUUGUUCGCCUUCUUCUACUCGCUGAUCAUCAUUUGCGGCUGCCUCGGUAACUUGUGUGUGAUAUUGGCCAUCUCAAGGACGAAGUGAGUUGGGGGUUUUGAGUGAUAUGACUUUAUUAUUGGUCGAAUUUUGAUUUUUUCGAAUUUUUUCGAAUUUAUAGUCAUCAAAAAAUCGGUGGCUGACAAAAAUGAAAUUUUUGUGAAAAUUUCUUUAAUGUUCAUGGCGAAAAAUCGAAGAGAUAUGUGAGAUAUUUAGUCAGUGUUCUACAAAAAUCACAGAGGUUCUUAGACCCAAAAAAUCCCGAAAAUUUAGCAUUUUUGACUGAGCAACAGCUCGAUCUUCUGAUUAAAAAUUUCGGUUUAUUUUUUCAACAAAAAAUCUAUUUUUUGCUCAGAACUUGCAUAUUUAUCAACGAUGAAACUUUUACUCUACUCCUUUUCCUCAUUUUUCAUAGUCCCACAUCUACAACGAUCGUUCAAUUUCUCUGAAACGGUUGCAAAACAAAGCCAGAUAAGGCUGGCAAAAUUUGAAGGAGCUGUUUGACGUGCAUUUUGGCUAAUUUCCUGUAAAAUGUCUUUAGCCAGAGUUCUUUCACUCUUCCGUUUCUCAUGAUCUAUUAUGUACAGAGGAAAAGUAAAGAUGAUCCCGACAUUAUAAUCUCUCAAGAGUUCAAAAACGCCACUCUCUGCUGCUUCUCGAGACUUCCUUAAAACACGAUAUAAGCUUCAAUUUCCUUUCCUCCACCGUAAUCUUAUGCUUCCGAUAUUCAAAUCUCACAUACAUUAGCUUACUCUACGUGACAUCGCCAAAAAUAAAAUUCGCCAAGCACUUUAGCGGUCUUCCUGCAACCUUCCUUUGGUCGUCUCUCCUCAUUUCCCAUAGUAUUUUCUCCAAUUACCACAGCGUUUCCGUGUUUUCAAUUUUCGUGUCUUUUGGAAGCGUAGGCAACAAUUUGUGAACUCGGCUGAAUUAUUUAUCGAUAACUGCCACUUUCACUUCCCAUUAGGGAUUUCGGCGGUUGAGGGGGAGAAGAGGAGUUUGCACAUGACAUCAGUGUUCUUGUCCGCAGGGGUUUAGCUAAGCACUACCGGCAAAAUCCCGAGUUUGAUGACUAAUCAAGGAAAUCGUACUUUAGUAUCAAGCAAGUCUAUUUAAAGAGCCAAAAUGGCUAGCAAAUUGAUUACAGCUCUUCUAAAACUAUAGUAAAUCAAGACUGUUUCGUAGCAAAUUCUUGUAUUAUUAUGUAUAUUUUACCUUCUAACACCUUAAAAAUCGCUGUCUUAUUGUUAGUCCACCUUAAUAUUUCCACAGCUUCUUGACCAUGUUUUUUAUGCCGUUUCGGCGAUUUGUUACAGCCCCGGCUGGUGUAGCGGAGGGGGUACUGUACAUUAAAUUAUAUAUGAUACUUACUUACCGAGUUCGGGGCCUGACCCUGCCGUUUAUCCCCUAAGGGUAAUAAUUACCUACAUUACAAUUUAUCUACUACAUUUAUUGGUACUGAAUAAAAGAUACAUAAGAUAUAAAACAAUUAUACAAUUACCCUUAAAAACUCCCUCAUCGCACCCUUUUCCUGAGAUCGGAGCGCUCGGUCCCCUUCCCAAAAACGGGGACCGACACACUGAUUCUCCUCUCUUCUUUUCCGAGGAGUUGAGGUUGCGAUGAGUUUGCUGUAAUAGCGAACUCCUGUUAUGACGAGCCUGCGCCGUAACAGAUUAUCCCGAACGUAAGAGGUCGUCUUUAGUCAUCAUUGUUAUCAAGACAUCGCUAAGCCAAUUAUUCUCGCUUCCGCAUCAGACAAAAAUUAAGAAUUCUCAAGAAUAUUAUACAUGUCAAUGCGGAUAAAUUCGGUACGAGAAGGCAUGAGUGAGAAGUCUGGCGUUAUUGACGACAGGCUGAAUACAAUUUAAAGGUGGAUAACACUCUGUCAAAGUGCAGUUUAUGUAUCGAUCCCAGGAAAUUUUGGCUCGCGUUUUGUUGGGUCGCCUCCGCCAACCCAAAAGUCUUCGUAAUCGGCGCUCUGUAACAAAAGAAUUAGGAAAUCGCGGGCCUCCGAAUUCUCGGUAUAAUAUGUAUCCUACCCCAAAGCUCUUCUCAGUAUGCAUAUUGUUAAAAAAGUAAAAUAAAAAAUUCAUUUUUCACGUUUUUUUGCUUGUUCUGGCAGCCUUUGACACGUUAUUAGUUCGACUAUAAUAACCCAAACCAGCAUGUAACAUUUCGAAUGCAUAACAUGCAAUAUGAACAGCGGAUGGACAGAAUGUCACUUUACGCAUGACACGUGCAAGCCGAGUAUUAAUUUUAGAACGCUAGGGCACGUAGACAAAAAUAUACAUAUUGUUAAACGCGGGAAAGACAAGAAUCCAUAGAAAAGGGCUACGGUCAUAAAGUCAUCUAUUAUUAAGAUACGACCAUAAUCAGCUAAGUCUUCGUGAAUAACAAUUGAAAUUUAAGAUUUGGCGUGAUAUCAUUGCAACAUCCUCUAAUUAAGUGUGAUGCGAUUGUUUUUUGUUUUUGUCUCAAAGUAAUUUGUAAAGUCGCAAGCCUAAUUAUGGAGCAAACGAAUUGCAAAUAGACCGAACAAGGGUUGAAGGAGACGAAAAUUAUUGAGGGAUGGGAAAAAAAAGUGAAGCCGGAGAAAACAUGACGAUGAUAGAAAACACAGUAAUCAGCAUGCCAUAGUUUUAUCUGGCACGGAUUUCAAAUUGCGAGAAUAUCAACUCGCCUUCUACAGCUGAGAUAACGAACAAUUUACAGCUGAGAUAUUGCGGAAAAAAAUGCGAAAACUCGUAAAAAAGAAACAAUUUUUCCGGAGCUUCCGACCUCAAAACUUUUUGCAAAACGCAGGCAAAAAGUCUCAAACAUGUCCUAGAAAGGGCUAGUCUUAAAUUGAACCGUGUUUGAUCAAAAUCCGACCUGUUAUGGGGGACCUGAUCCAGUGGCAAAAACCGUACCAUUUUUAUCCUUGAUGUAUGAAAAAUGUGGCAAAAUGCUUCCCUCUCCACAAGAAAAAAUUCCGAUUUCAAAAGCGCACCAGCUCUUUUUGUGAAAGACCUUCAAAACGAAGUUUUUCACUUGGAGAGGGAAGCAUUUUGCCACAUUUUUGAUACAUCCCGGAUGCAAAAUGGUACGUUUUUUGCCACUGGAUCAGUCCCCACUGUACCAACUUUUAACACUUCAUUGUUCAUUACAAACCCAAAAAUGUCAUCGAAAAACCUCACAUUCCAAAAUCACACAAAUCCUGACUAACUCCAAAUUUUCAGAUCCCUCCAAACAGUCCCCAACAUGUUCAUUUUCUCCUUGUCAUGCUCAGACUUUAUGGUAUGUCUCACAUCGGCGACGAUUACACCGAUCACGGCGUUCGCCAAGGUUUGGCUUUUUGGGUCGGUGCUGUGUUCGGUGGCGCCUUUCCUAGCGGUAAGUUAAUUGAAAAAGGAAAUGCCCUAAAAUUGUCCUUAAGGUUGCACUCAAAAUUUAAAUUAGCAGCUCUUCUUAUCGUCCUGGGACAACAGCCUGAGGGGAAUUUGCCCGUGAAGAGUGCUAGCGGACUUUGAGGGCGAUUCUAGGUCAAGUAAUGCUUUUUAUAAAGAGGAAAUUACCGAAAAUAACAAAAAAUCUUAUGAAAAGUGCAUAAAUUUAUAUUUUCUCUAUGAAAAUGAAAUUUUUUGAGAUAUUUUUUUUUGAUUUUUUAUAAUGAUUUGACCGUAUUUUACAUUUUUUAAUUCAAAAUUUCCUCUCUGAAUACUUGCUCAUCCAUUGUUAAAUCCAAUUUUUCGAACAUUCUUUGUUCUGUGCGCUGCGAAAAGAGUUGCAAAUCGAGUUACCGGGCCCCUCCAAAAUCCCUCACCUCCAUUCAAGGUUUCAACGUUAGAUUCCGGCGAAGGCAGUUUCUCGGAAGAAAGGGGCCCUGAAGGAAGCCGGACAAAGGAACCCUGUCAUAACCGCUUUCCCAAAAUAUCAACAAUUGUGAGCGGAGUUGUAGGAAAAGGAUUUUUGGUUGAGAACCUGCAGACUGUGGGAAUACGUACACAACAAUGGGGUACAAAGACCAAAAAUGGAGGAGGAAAAUAGGUUUUAGGAGAAAACAGGUACCUUCAAGAAUUUGCUUUAGAACAAAGAUGUUUUUUUUCCAAAAUUCUCAGAGAAAAGGCCAAAGUUUUACACGUCUAUCCUCAAAUUCCAUAGUCUCUCUUUUGCAAACAUACUUUAAUAAAUAUCUCGGCUGUCUUAGCAAACCAUGUGCUAAAAUUUUCAUGCAUUAAUUAAAGGGAUAUUUUUAGCAUUCAUAAAAAAUUUGAAGAGGAUCUGACAAGUCAAUUUUUUUUGUCAUUUCGAAUUUUGCCAAUAGUUAUGUUUCCAAUUUUUGAUGACUUUUUUCUACUGGCUCUAUUUAUUCUGCACUAUUUACAAUGCAUAACAUAAUCUGUCUAUAAAUCUUUAAUUUAUACUUUAAAACAAAGAACACUUUACAUUUUGUAGUCGCUAUUACACUAAUCUCAUGCUGUCUCAUGUAUAUUAGUAUUUUCAUAAAGUGCAUGGACAUUUUCUCUCCUUCGCACGGUACAUUUUGGACUUUUUAACACGCUUUUCGCCAACGCUUUUUUCGCACAGUGCAAGCCAAAAAUAAUACUUUUGCACUGUUCAAUCUACAGCUAACCCUAAAAAUGUAUAAAUGCACGGUGCAAAAUAGAGCUUUUGUGCACGAAAAAAUGCUCAUGGACUUUUGAAAAUACUGAAAAAUAUAAUAUUUAAUAUAAUUUGUAACCAUCUACUUCCAACUUACAAUACACCUCCUUCAAAAUUCCCCGAGGGCGUAGUCUCAUUGUCGUUUCCUAGACAUAAAAUUACCGUUCUAAUCUAAUAAGACAUCCUCUGAAUUCUUUGUCCAUUAAAACUUUUCCCCGGGGAUCAUCCGGAACUCGGGAAUCUCAUGGAAAUCGAAAAAAUUACUAAUUAACGGCGAAAUCGGAGUAAAUUGAAAAACAAGCGGAUUCAAGAGGAGACCGAGGCACAUUGAGCAUGACAUGCUUGUUGCGAAUUGGACAUGAUUAAAUGGGAAAUUGGCAAAAGUAUAAUAGCAAAAUACACGUCAUUUUGGAGGAAAAUGUGCAAAAUUUGCAAAAAAAAUGGAAAAAAUAGAAAAAAAAGAAAUUAAGAGUAAAAUACGAAUUGAAAAAUGAUUUCAGGGUACAUCAUUGUCAUUUUCCACCUUCACAUUAGCAGCAAUAUCCAUCGACAGGUUCAUGUUAAUCCGAUUUCCGAUGAAAAAACCGUUCAGCCAUACACAGGCAUUUAUGAUAAUUUGUGUAAGUCAAUUUGAACAUGUUCUCGACAGGACCAACAACACAAAAAAAUAAUAUAAAAGUGUCUCAAAAUUUCCUGUUUUUCGAGAUUUUUCAAUCAAGCCUCUGACGCAUUAGAACCUGUUUUUUAGUUGAUCUGUACCAUGGCAAUGGGCCUUUCAAUGCCUGUCGCGUUGAUGCAUACGCUCACAAAGAUCAACAACUACUGCGGGAUGUAUUGUUUCGAGGAUUGGGGGCCGUAUUCAAGUCAACGAAGGGCUUAUGGAACUAUUGUGUUGUCGGUUCAGUUCAUCAUUCCACUGUCAAUUAUCAUCAUUUGUUACACCGCCAUAUCAGUGAGGUUGGGGCAGGUAAGGACUUUCUUAUAUUCUUGGAUGAUAAUUGCGAAUUUUACUCUUAUUUGGUUUGAAUGACAAUCUUUAUAAUUUGCAGAGUAUGAUCUUGAAAGGGAAGAAACGCGACUACCAGUGGCAACUCCAAAUGAACGAUCAACAUCGAGCGGCGACCAAGCGACGUCAACGCACCAAUCGGAUGUUCAUCGCGAUGGUGGUCGCUUUCUCACUUAGCUGGGUGUGGAGUGUUGUGUUCAACGUCUUCAAGGACUACGAACUACUGCCAUCGUAUGUAAUGGAGAAAGAAUAUAUCGUUGGAAUCUCUCUUCAUUGCAUUGCCAUGACUUCAACCGUAAGUAGAGGCUAUUAGACUGGAUUUAUUAGAGAGAGGGGAAGUCUAGUAAGGUCUCAAAAGAUAUCAUUUGUUUAGGAUAAAUUUUGAGGCCUUUCCUAUAUCAUAAAGCUAUGUAAAUUACAUAAAAAAGGUCUUUUUACGGCUCUAUGAAACUUUUUGAUAUCAACGUUGGGCGUAUUUUGAUUUGAUUUACGGCAGUUUUGAAGUCAGGAAAUGACAAAGGAACUUAUAAAAAAACGGGCUACAAAGGACUGUCUUAGUGACCUAGUGUCUAUUAAGCCAAGGCUAACUUCAUAUUCAAGCACAAUCGUAACUUUAACGUCUCAUUCCAGGUCUGGAAUCCUCUCCUUUACGCGAUGAUGAACCUCCAACUCCGCGCCGCAUUUAUUCAACUGAUGCCCGUCUGUAUCAAAGAAUAUCUGUACAAAGAAGAGGAGCCACACCCAAUGGCUCAGUCCUGUAAACCCCGGCCUUCAACUCUCCUCACGCCCAACGGAAAUGUCGACCAGUCGAGUCUUCCCUCGGGCUGUACGACGCCCCGGAAUGGCUGGCUGGCCCCUGGAUUCCUGAAGACUGGGCCUAGGAAUUCCAUCAGUUCCAUGGCUUCGGCUUUCUCAUCACAGCCAAAUGGCGGACUGGACGAUGGGACGAGACUGGUUCAGUCAACUCUAACCUCCACAAAGUACGGGGCGGUUGAAUCGUCGGAGAACACGCGAUGGUCCGAUGAGGGUUUUGUUGAUCACGGCACGGUGAGAUUAACGACCUUCUGAGUCGCUUCUUUCUAUCUUCUUUCCGACUAUUUCUUUUUAACCAACGCACUCGGCUGUUUGCGGUGAUAUGAAUGGGUUUAGUUUGAGUGAUGACAAUUUUAGGGCUUGAAUCUUUGAGUAUGAAGUUUUUGUGUCAUAUCAGGUGGUGUUAACUUGACUAAGCCGAUAGGCAUUAGUUUUGGACCUGUUUAGGCAAAAAAAAACAGUUUGAGGUCCAUAAAUUGCCCGGUAUAGCGAAAUAUGUCAUGCAGAAGACCAUCAAACAAUUCCACGAACUUUUCUGCCUUAGCAUGAGCCCGAGAAGUCGAACCAUCUUUUGGCAUGGUUUAGCUAUCGUUUCCCUAUUCAGUUAUAAGUUUCCACCACUUUCUUCAACGAAAACCACAACGUAAUAACGAUUGUUAUAACAUUGUAAUCACUUGUCCUUCACUCACCAAUUUUUUCGAAGUUGAGUGUGUAACUCUGUUUUCAAUUUUCUGUAACUCUAUGCACCACUAAAAACACUGUCAGUACACUGUACCAACACCUCACUUUUGCUGUCCGCACACUGUGUGCCUCUAUAUUUUCCCCGUUCUCUCUGUUUUUUCAUGCCGUGGACAGCAGGACUCUUCAUCGGAUCAGAGAUGCGGUGGGCUUCGAAUGACGCGUUAUCAGUUGGUUGUAAAUUUAUUUAAUGUUCAUGUAGACAGCUUAGAGGCGUAAUUUAAGUGUUUUUUGGACCAGAGUUGGAGACACUGUGGAAUGGGAGGCCAAAAAAUUGAGAGAAUGAUUUUCGAGAUUUUUGAUGACUUAAAAUUGAAAAAAUACAAAUUUUGGUUCCCCAGUCCACAAAAAAUAUAUGGAUGAUAUAUAGAUUGGCUUUAAAUUUGUCAAGACCUAAGAUUGCAUGACAAUUGGAGAUCCAAAAUCAAGAUUUCUUGAUUUUUUGAAGAUCUUCGUUUUUCGAGAUUUUUUGGAUUGUCAUGCAAUUUUAGGAGGUUUAUAUGUAAUGGAUGUAAAAAAAAGUGUCCUAGACAUUGAUGUACAUGAAAUUUUAGAUGUCGUCUUACAUGUAUUUUUGAGUAUUGAUCAGUUUUUUUGUUUUAUCAUCAAAAAACUUACAAAAAAAACUAAACUUGCAGAUAGAUGAGCGCUGAAAAAAUUGCUUCUACUUUGCCCUAAAAUUACUAAAGCAUUUCUCCUUGCAGGAAGACCGUGUUAUGUUGCUGGAGCGGGAUGUGGGGCGCGGAGGAAGCCUCAAGCCCGCCCGGCCCCAACGACGCUCCAACCGCUCGUUGGGGGCCGAGCCGAAAGCGGUCGGGCCUCGAGUCCACGACCACCACGUUUCUGCUGCCGCGCGGCUCCAUCGGCGGCGCUCCACCUCCGAAUCUGCCAGUAGUAAUUCUACAACAAAUGGACGACGACGAGAGUCCGUUUCCGCCUCGCGUCCAAAUAGUGGUAGGUUUCAAUUUCCCCCCGAACUUAUGCCGCCCGAUUUCAGCCAUCGAUCCAGAUCGAGGAGAUUUCCGGAGCGUCGACGCCAGCCGAAGAUCUCUGA